AACGCAGGCGACAGCCGGGCGGUACUGUCACGUCGCGGCACUGCUGUACGCUUGACUGAUGAUCAUAAGCCCCAUCUGCCUGCUGAGAAGGCCCGAGUGGAGGCGGCGGGUGGUCGUGUGGACUUCCAGCGCUGUUGGCGAGUGAUUGUGGAGCCCAGGGAGGGGCGACUUGGCAGCGGGCUUGCAGAGCCUCGUCGCUUUGUGGAAUGUGAGCCAGAUGUACGGCGUGUCGUACCGCAGCCUGGUGACAAUUUGGUGGUUCUGGGCAGUGACGGGCUGUGGGACGUCCUGAGCGACCAGGAGGCGGUCAACUGCGCG